CUCGUUUCCUUUUAAAACUGUCUUUGCAGUUGCUUUACAUAUUAAUUCCAACCUGGGCGGUCCCGCUCUGGCCUCUUGUCAGAUCGUAUGUGUAGCCCCGGGGGCAGAAAUCACCCUGGCGUGGGUGGUCUCGGAGCUCCACCUGCGGUUGCGAGUCCAGGGUCAGAGUCUCGUUUUUACUUAGCUUGGCAGAUCAGGGUUUUUUUGAGGACUGUUACUCAAUUUCGUAAAGAACGGGAUUAGAUUUACCAUAUGCGUCCAGAUCGUCAUGAAGCCCUAUUGCAGGGACUUGAAGAUCACAAAGUAUUGAAGUUAUCAUCAGAUUAAAAAAAAAAAUAACAGUUUUAACAUCUGAAGUGCUGCCUCUGCCGAGUAUGACUUUGGCCAGAGAUUUACUACACCCUUCCUUGGAAGAGGAAAAGAAAAAACAUAAAAAGAAACGUCUAGUUCAAAGUCCAAAUUCUUACUUUAUGGAUGUAAAAUGUCCAGGUUGCUACAAAAUUACAACGGUUUUCAGCCAUGCGCAGACAGUGGUUCUUUGUGUAGGCUGUUCAACAGUUCUGUGCCAACCUACAGGAGGAAAGGCCAGACUCACAGAAGGUUGCUCAUUUAGAAGAAAGCAACACUAGUGAUCUAUACAACUUCCUGAAUUUGUUUUUUUCACAGAAAGCCUUAUCAUAAGUUCAGUAAUUAUAGUUAAUCUACCAAGAUAAUGUAAUUAUGUUUGAUUUUGUAAGGUGCACAGCAAUGAUCUCCUAUUUUGAUGUCAGUUUUUCAAUAAAGUUUUGAUUAUGGACAAAUCUUUAUUAAA